GACAGACAAGACAAGACAAAAGAGGACAAUGUUUUAUCAGUUAGCCCAUGGGUAUCGCGACUGAAUAUUUCAAUCAAAAGUAAAGUAGGGCACCAAUUAGGUUAAUGUAUGAUACUGGUUUGCGGCGAGAGGCACUGAAGCGACAAUAUCGAUAGUGCGGAACCAUACACAAGACGCUCGUGCAUAGGGGAGGACAUUUUAGGACUGCACCAUUUAUGUCGUAGUAACCUGUGGCAAGUUAGUUAGCUAACAGUGAGACUUAUGUUCUUAUAUGUAAUGCCUGAUGUAGAUCAUAAGGUUUAAGUCGGGGAAUAUAAAACAGCUUAGCAAAAGUAAGAAUCUGAGACAAAAUUCCCGGCGCACCUUACGGAUAUCACUUAGCAACGUUAACUGGCUAGUUUACAGUUUACUAGCAAGCUAACACAUCAAGCCACUGUUUAGCUAACAGCGUUAAUUUAAAGAGUGUUUGUUUUCAAAGUUGUUUACUAAAUUGUACUGCAAUGACUCGCCACGGAAAGAACUGCACGGCUGGUGCCGUUUACACCUAUCAUGAAAAGAGGAAGGACACAGCCUCAUCGGGUUAUGGGACUCAAAGCAUUCGUUUGGGGAAAGACGCCAUCAAGGAUUUCGAUUGUUGCUGCCUCUCGCUUCAGCCGUGCAGAGAUCCCGUUGUUACUCCUGAUGGAUAUUUGUAUGAAAAACAAGCCAUCCUGGAGUACAUCCUGCACCGAAAAACUGAGACUGCCAAAAAAAUGAAGGCAUAUGAGAAGCAGAAGAAGGCCCAGCGCAGUGAAAACCACCUGGAGGCCACCUCAGGGCAGAGAGAACGAGUGGCCAACUUCAAGAAGAAUGAGGGCAGCAUUGUGUCCAAGCCCAUCAACCCCUUCACCUCAGGUAAAGACGGAGCCACUCCGAGCGGGUCAGCAGCCGUGGCGGGUCCAGCUGGCGCCGACUCUGCAGUCGCAGGGUCCAGCUCUGGGUCCAUCACUAGUUCCGACACAGAAUUGCCGAGUUUCUGGAUCCCCAUGCUCACGCCAGAAGCUAAGCCUACACAAGUGAAGAAACCAGAUAAGACAGUGCUGUGUCCGAUGUCGGGGCUGCCCCUGAAGAUGAAUGAGCUGAUCCCGGUGCGCUUCACUCCCUUGGACCCCUCUCUGGACAGGGUGAAGUUACUCACGCGCCAGGACCGCUACGUGUGUGCAGUUACCAAAGACACGCUGGGUAAUUCGGUCCCAUGUGUAUUGCUCCGUCCCUCAGGGGCUGUGGUGACAUUGGAGUGUGUGGAGAAGUUGAUUCGGAAAGACAUGAUCGAUCCGAUCAAUGGAGAGAAACUCAAGGAAAAAGACAUCAUUGUUCUUCAGAGGGGAGGAACGGGCUUCGCAGGAUCUGGAGUUCAGCUCAAGGCUAAAGAGGCCCGUCCUGUCAUGCAAGCGUGAGAGGUCGACAUCGAAAGGUUGAUGAGAGGAGAGGAGAGGAGAGUUGUGGUGUGGUGUAGGUGUAAACAUCCUUUUUGUACCAUUUGCUGAUUUCCUGUUUGAAUUAUGAAAUAUUGAAACUGUACAGGACUUGGUAGUUGUUUAGUUUGUGUUUGGCUGUUUAUUUCAGUUCAGUUUUAAAAAUAUCAAACACAAAUACAUUUAAACACAUGCACACUGAUUUUUCUUUUUUUUUCUUUUUAAAUAAACUGACAGUUCAGUCCUACUCAAAACAA